CAUACGUAUCACUUCGAAGAAUCUGAACACGUUGGAUUUAACACGUAUUUAAAAUAAGGAUAUACCAAUACUUUAUAAACAUUUUAUUGCAUUUGGAAGCAAUAGUUUUUGUGAAGAUGACUUUCCUUGAAAAUUUUGGAAUAGAUAUGGAUGCUCAAAGGAAUGUAAACAACAUCGGAAUGGCCCUUAAAACGAUUCUGCUGAAGGCUAAAGAAGACGGCAGAUUAGUCUGCGGUGUAUAUGAAUGUGCUCAGAUACUUCAGGAAAUUCCAGAAGACAUUGCCUUAUGUCUGUUGCCUGAAGUUGUGGACACAGAUGAUGUGACUGCUAACAUACAGCAUAAACUAGUGGAAGCUUAUUGUUGGGAAAACGAAAUAGAAGUUGUUAAAGUUGACAACUUCCAUAAAGUGGGAAAGAUGGUUCGUAAUGACAAAACGGAGGAGGAUAAUAAAGAUGUUGGUUGUGUACUAAUACAAAACACGAAAACAGACGAGAAAACAGACGAGAGUGCCAAUGAUUUCAUCGAUAACUACUACUCUAUGUUGGCUAACCAGACACCUGUUGUGGCUUUGCCAGAUUGAGUGCUUAUCAAAUCAUCAUGUGAUUUAGUACCAGGAAACCAAAACCUGGAAGUUAACCUAAACUGAUAAAACCAUCAUGGAACAAGUCAAAGGUCAAAAUGAAGCAACGAGAUCUCAACAGGACUUGCUGAUUAUCAUGCAGAACACAGAAGCAUGCGACGCAAAUUAGAACCCUGUACAAUGUUGCUCAAUCCAAAUUUGAGAUCCUUUAUUCUUCCUGUCUUCAAUCAUGAACUUUGCAUUUCUUUUUAUUCAUGGAAAGUAGUAGAAAGUUUGGACGAGUGACAUAUGAAGUUGCUCUUGUGUGUUAGUUCGGACAUUUAUAGAACAUUAGUUCAAAAAUAGACAUUGGAUUUUUAGUUCACAUGUUAUAUGUCAUAGUCAUGUGUUCAUAGAAAUAUAAUAAAUUUUAAAAAAAGAA